GCUGCACCUGCCGUUGCCGUUGCCGGACAUUCCUCUUCCACAGCCUCCCCAGCUUGGCGGACUAUGAGAAGUGUUCAGCGCAGCAUGCAUGAUCUCGGCCAUACCCAUGCUGCCGUGGACGACCUUGGGCGUCCUCCCUGUGGCCUGUCUGCUGCUGCCAAUUCCGGGAGCGCGCAGACCACGUGGUGUCUGUUUUCGCGAAAGUCUCGCGCCGUCAGCAGUAUUUUUGCUGUUUUUGCUCUGUUUGCUCUCGUUCUCUUCACUCCGGUCAGGGGCAACUCGGCUCCGGACCUCCCACAGUGUCGCAGCGAGAUCACGGCGCCGCGUCAUGUUGCGGUCAGCGGCUCUGCGUCGGGUACGGCACAGGCAGCGCGGGUGGCGAUUUUUGCCGAUGUUGACGGCGACGGCCUAAACGAGCUGGUCGUCCCGGGCGCCCAUCUCGGUUGGCGCAAGUACAACGCCACCCUCAACGAGUAUCUUGCGAUCAAUACUAUCUAUACGCCCGAAAAGGGCCUCGUGUCGGACAUCCGCGGUUUGGCAGCCACCGACGUCGACGGCGAUUCCGACCUCGACCUCGUCGCGACAAUGUUUGCCGCUGACGCCAUCUUGUGGUUCGAGAACCUCGAUGGCGCAGGCUCGUUUGGCCCUCCGCAGCGGGUGGCCAUGGCGGAUAUCAACGGUCCCAAGGGCGUGGCCACGGGUGAUAUGGACGGUGACGGCGAUGUGGACGUUGUCGUUGCGCUCAAUCUUGACCACGAGAUCGCGUGGUUCGCCAACAUCGAUGGUGCCGGCAUGUUCUCGGGCAAGAGGGUGCUGCCGUCGCUGACGCAAGGCGUCGAGGUUGUUGCGCUCGCCGACGUGGACGGGGACACCUACAUCGAUGUUGUCUUUGCCUCGUACUCGGACGACAAGGUCGGCUGGUUUCGCAACACCGACGGCGCCGGUGCCUUUGCCUCGCAUACUGUGGUGGUGGCAUCCGAUGGCGCGGCUGCCGUCGUUGCGGCCGAUGUAGACAACGAUGGCAACAUCGACAUUGUGUACGGCGGCUACUGGGACAACACCGUAGCGUGGGUGAGGAAUACCGGCGGUGGGACUUUUGGCGGACCACAGGUGGUGACCGCAGCGGCGAGUGGCCUUGCAGCCAUCGCUGUUGUUGAUGUCAGCGGCGACGCCAAGCUCGACAUUGUCGUUGCCUCCGAGUCCGACGACACGUUGGCGUGGUUUGAGAACACCAAUGGUCUCGGGAGCUUUGGUAGCGAGCAGGUGGUGAGCUCCGGCCCGACGACCAAUGGUAUUGUUGGGCUGGGUGUCGGCGACGGCGACGGCGACGGCGACAUCGAUCUUGUCGCCGUCUCCCGCUAUGCCUCCAACAUUGUCUCGUGGUUCGCCAACAACGGCAGCGGGGAAUUUGUAGGUGCCAACGUCGAUCAUUACGUCAACAAUCCCUUUGGUACGCUUCCCGUGGACCUCGAUGGUGAUGGUGACUACGACGUGGUCUCCGCAUCCUCUGGGCUCAUUUCCUGGUACCCAAAUGUCGACGGUCGCGGGCAGCUCGGAAGCCAGCGAGUUAUUUCGGCCGCGCCUGUAUCUCAGUCUGUGAUUGCCUUUGACGUUGACGGCGACGGCGACCAGGAUCUCGUCGUGGCGCCGCUACCGACUCACGGCGUGUCGUGGCUGGAGAACGUCGACGGGGCGGGCACGUUUUCGGCACCGCAGACCAUUGUCGUGGGCUUGGUUUUAGCCGAAGCUGUUGCUGCAGCCGAUCUAGACGGCGACGGCUUUACAGACGUCCUUGCUUGCGGCGCAUUUUUCGGGUCCGGUAGUGUUUCGUUUGACAUGCCGCCUGGGGCCAAGUGUGGUUUCGCUGCUGUCGACGCCGACUCUGACGGUGACAUGGAUGUCGUGAUGGGCCGUGACACUAACAUUGUGCUCUUCUUCAACAACGGAAGCGGGUCCUUUGCUCCGGGCCUCACCAUCGCCGACGACUCGGAACCUUUUUCGAGUUUGGCAGUGGGAGACGUCAAUGAUGAUGGCUUGCUGGACGUGGUGGCGUGCAAGGGCAGAGUGGUCCUGUUCCGUAACUCGCCCGGCAUACCCGGGCUCAGUGCGGCGGUGGCGGUAACGAGCCAGCUUGCAAGUCCCGAAAGCGUGGCGCUCGGAGAUGUCGAUGGUGACGGAGUUAUUGAUGUGGUGGUGAGCCACAAGGAUCCGAACAUUGUAGCGUGGAUGCGCGGGCUGGGGAGUGGAAGCUUUGAUAGAGUGCAGCAAGUGUCGCCUACGGUCGAAAUCGUGUUCUCUCUCUCUGUCGCAGACAUGGAUGAUGAUGGCGACGGCGACUUUGUGUAUUCGGAGAGAGUCCUGAAUGCUGUGGGGUGGUAUGAGAACACCGCCGACGUUGGUGCCAACUAUGGCGACACUAUGGAAAUCAGUAGUCAGUUUGAGGUCUCGGCGAUCGCAGCUGUGGACGUUGACGGAGACGGAGACCUGGACGUCAUGGUAGCGGCACUAAUCGCGUCGUUGGACCACUUUGACGUGGCGUGGUACGCAAACAUGGAUGGCGCGGGCCAGUUUGGGCCACGGCAACUUGUUUCGAAUCGCGGCGAAAGUGUGACAGCCCUGCUGGCACUUGAUGUAGACAGUGAUGAUGACCACGACGUUGUGUGGGUGGGGUUUGACUCCAAGUCGAUCGAAUGGCAGCAGAACUUGGAUGGAAGGGGGAGCUUUGGCCCGCCGAUGGCGGUUGUAACCGACACGUCUUCUGUUGCGUAUCAGCUGGACGGAGCGGAUUUGGACGGCGACGGCGAUGUUGACCUUGUGGCGGUGGGUCUGGGAAGUUUCAAAACUCUGGCGUGGUUUGCCAACACCGACGGCGGCGGCACGUUUGGAGCCGCACAAACCAUUUCUGUUACGUCUACGGAGCUCGGAAACAUAGUCAUCGUUGACAUCGACGGUGAUGGCGAUGCCGAUGUGAUGGUUGCUGACAGGACAACCGGCGCCGUCACCUGGUUCGCCAACCUCGACUCGGUUGGCAGCAGCUGGAGUGGAUCUAUGGACAUUGCGACAGUGGCCGGAGCCAAAACAAUUGGUCUGGGGGAUGUCGACGAGGAUGGCGACAUGGAUAUGGUUGUCGGAACUGUCGAGGGUGCUGGGGGUAGCCUGCGCUGGUUCGCCAACGUGGAUGGAGCUGGAACGAUGGCACCGGACCAGGUGCUUGACAUCUAUGUAGUGGCGAAUGCGCUUGCUGUGAGUGACGUCGACAACGACGGGCAUGUGGAUGUGGCGGUUAACGACGGCAAGACCAACAAGAUUGUGAUGUACGCCAACCCAGAUGGAACCGGAGCUUUUAGACGAGGUGUGUAUCUACCAAGCAUGUCAACGUCGUUUUUAGGGCGAACCGUUGUUGUUGCUGACGUUGACGGCGACGGCGACGCUGACGUGCUUGUCGGCAUGAACCUGUUUUUGUACGUGAUUUGGGGGCGGACGCGAUCAUGGUACACCGAGUACAUGCCUCGUACACUAGAGAUUGACAACAUGGUGGGCCGAUGCGCCGUGGCGCCGCGCAGCGCUGGAUGUCUGGCCGACAACAUCCAUCGCGCAUCGUUGUGCACCCGAGACACGCUGCUACUGGCUGCUGGCAACUACAAUACAUUCCAAUGCGGCAAUGACGAGAUGCUGUUCAUGGUUGGCGAUGUGUCGGCGGCGACGGGCAAGACGAGUCGUCUGACCCUGGCGAACAUGACAGUGUCGGGGCUGGUAGCGUCGCCAAGUGGCCGCGAAGCCGCGUCAGCAAUGUUCCAUGUUGAAGGACGCACGGCGACGCUUGUGCUUGACGGAUCGUAUGUGAUCGGUCUCCGGUCGAAGGUCCGUGUUGCUGUUGCGUUGCAAGAAGGCGGACUUGCUGGGGCGGUCCUUGUGGUCGACGGCGGAACGCUAAUCACCCGCGAUUCAACAAUCGACUCGUGCUCGGCCGAGCUGCAUGGUGGCGCGGUGGUUGCGAUGGGCGAGGGAAGCAAGGUCCAGCUUGUUCGAUCGCGAGUCGUCAACUGCGCGGCGGACAUUUCCGGCGGCGGUGUGGCGCUGAUUUCCGGCGGCCUGCUCGAGGCUAACCAGACCACGUUUGUGGGUAACGUGGCCAAGGUGGGCUCUGGUGGGGCGGUGAGUGUGGACGCGACGUCAGCGAUGUCGAUGAGCGAUUGUUUUGUGGUGGACAACUCGGCGCCAAACGGGAUCGGUGGAGGUAUGGCGAUCCGACCCGGCGGUCGCUCGCACUUUUCGGCGUCGACGAUGGCUGACAACUUGGCGCGGAUCGGCGGCGCUCUGGGCGUGGUGCCAGCGACGCUCGAUGAGCGAGUUCUUGUAGCUGCAGUGCAGAAUGUCGGCGUGGUGCUCGACAGUGAGGUGGUGGUGGACGCGGUAGUGACGCUGACGGACGUGAGUGUGCGGGGCAACACUGGGUUGAUGGCCGGCGGUGGGCUAUUGGCGUGCGGAGGCACCGUGCAGAUCAAGGGCCAAGGGACCGAGUGGCGCGACAACAAGCUUGUGUUUGAGACGACCCUGGCAUCGUCAGCUGAUGGCUUUGUGUGCCUUCCUGAGCAAGUGGGCGCAAGCAUGCCAUGGAUCGAGGUCGACGACGAUGCCGAGGCAGCUGGCGGCGAUGCACUAGCCAUCCACACCCAGCCGCAAAGGGUCGAAUGGACAAUGGAGCCGGCGUUGACAACACCGCUCGGGCAAGAGCUGCAAGGCACUUUUGUGGUUCGCGACGCGUUUGGUGUGGCGGUGUCGUACGCAUCUGUUAUGGCUGAGGUGGAGGUGGGCGGGGAGGGCGUGGUCGUUGCCUCAAGCCGUGUCGAGGUCGCGACGUCGGCCGGAGAAGUCUCUCUUCCACUGGGCAGCAUGCGAUGUGAGGCUGGCGCGGUUGCAGCGGCGGUGGCGUCGGGCGAGCCGCUGCCUGUGGUACAGGUGACAGUUUCGAUUCCUGUGGAAGGAGCCAGGAGCUCCAGCACGGCGGCACCGGCGGUACCGACCCUAACCGGCACGAGCGCGAUUGCACCAUGCCCAAUCAACUGGGGCUACCGAUCGGGCCUUGCGUUUGUGAAUGGCGAGGCGGUAGAGAUCGGUGACUGCUUCCAAUGCGCACCGGGCACGUUUACGCUGGCGGAAGCGCUUGAGCCGUGCAGGCCACAGCGGGAGUGCAGCGCGUUUUCAGUGGACGUGCGCGGGCGGUUCAACUCAUCACGAGCAGUGUGUGUGUGUGCGGCCGGCUACACAGUGUCUGGCUACGACAGCGAUGGGAUUGUGAGCUGCGCGGCGUGCCCACAAGGCGGGCUCUGUGCCGAGGGCCUUGGCGCGCCUGUGCCCGCACCGGGAUUCUACGGCGAUACACGCGGAGGUAACGCGACAGUGUUUGUGCGAUGCCGGCGGAAGGAAGGGUGCCCGGGCGGCUCACUGGGGCAGCAGUGCGCGAGCGGGUACACCGGGUACAUGUGCAACAUCUGCAAGCCGGACUACUACUCCAACUCUGCAGGCAAGUGCGUGACAUGUCCGCCGGCGGCUGUCGGGGUGCUGUUUGGCGCCAUUGCAGCGCUGGUAACAAUCGGGUGUGCGGCGGCGGUGAUGAUCGGGAUCGGCAUUGCGCGGACGCGAUCCGAGGCCGCGGCGCGGCUGGAGCGGAGCGACAAGGCGACACCCGAGUCGCUGCGCAACCGGGUCCUGCCUGCGAGUCUCUCGAUGGUGCUUGUGGUCUUUCAGGUACUCGGCAUUCUGAGCGAUGCCGACUUUGGGUGGUCAUCGUCGAGUCGGGCGGCGCUAAGCGUGUUCAAUGCGGCCAACGUGGAUGUCAACCUCUUUGCGUCCGAGUGCUCGCUCUCGAGCUUCCACGCCAAGUAUGCAGCGAGCGUGGCGCUGCCGCUGAUGGUGAUGGCGGUGGUGAUGAUUGGGCUCGUGGGGCUCAAGUACUGGGCGCAGCGUGGGCUGGAUCUGUUCGGGCUCGACGAGCUCAAGUUUAUGCGGAUCAAGACGCUUGUGGACGCGGCGUUGUUUACGGUUGCGCCGCUGCUGUACAUUCCGAUGGCGCGGGCGGCGUUUGUCAUGUUUGAUUGCACGCGGCUGCCGAACGGGGCGUUUGUACUCGACGUGGAUCCGGGCGUGUCGUGCUUUGACGCGAAGUGGUUGAGCGUGCUGCCUGUGGGCGUGCUCAGCCUUGUAUGCUACGUCUUUGGCGUGCCGGCGUACUUUCUGUGGUGCCUGGUCCAGCAUCGGCACAACUUGCUUGAAGCAGCAACGUUUGCGCAGUUUGGGGCGCUGUACAAGCUGUACCGCAUGCGGUACUCGUGGGGCGGGGUGGCUGAUCUGGGCAAGCGGCUUGCGAUUGUGAUUGCAGCCAUUUUCAUGUCCGAGUACCAGCUUGCGCAGAUUGGGCUUCUCCUCGCGGUCUUGCUUGUCUCGCUUGUAGUGGUCAACCGGCUGCAGCCGUACUACUAUCCGCUGUACAACGGAGUGGACUUUCGCCUAACGGCGAUGCUUGUGGUAGUGCUCUUGCUGGGCGGAGCGAGCUAUGCGGAGCGGUCGAGUCCCGGCGAGGCGCAGACGAUGGUGUUUGCGGGCGUGGUCCUUGCGUUGGUGGCACUGAUGGGCGUGGCGGUCCACUCUGUAGUGAUGGACGUCGUCCAGAUCUCACUGGCAAAGCAGGGCAAGUACUCUGCGGCGCGGGAUCGGGUGCACCAGCUGGCGAUGGCGAUUGAGCGCGAGAUGGUGGACAUGGACGCAGAGCUCGCGCCUGUGGCGCAGUCUGCGAUCGAGGGCUUUACUGCCGAGGCGCCUGUGCGGGUCCACCGGUCGGACAGCAUCUCGCUCGACUUUCUUGCCGAGCGCAAGGGCUCGCUCUCGAUGAUGGGCACGGCCUUUACCGACUCUGACGCACUCGACAUUGAGCUGGACUCGCUCGCGCACGUGGCGCUGGGAUCGUCUACCACGCCGCGGCCGGCGUCGUCGGCGUCGACGUUUUGCCUCGAGUCUGGUUCGGACGAUGCCGAUGUGGUGUAGCGGCCUUGGCUCGAAGGCUCGAUCAAAUACAAACAGGAGCGGAGCGAA